AUGGUUUGUAGUAACUGCAAAACCUCACAGACGUCACUGUGGCGGAGAACUUCCGAUGGUGACACUGUGUGCAAUGCUUGCGGUUUGUAUCAGAAGAUGCAUGGGGUGGGUUAUUUGCGUCGUGACUACCAUUCUUGUACUCAUCCAAGGCAGAAACCGAAUGACUUUCUUUUAGCGCUGCACGUUAUCAAUUCUCACCACUGA